AUGUGGAAACAGCACUGCACCACACACUCAGAGUUUUGAAGUGGUGGGUGAGUUUUUGUAGCAAUUGAACUGUAAUUAAAUAUAUAUAUUUAUUGAAUCAACAUUGACAGAUGCUUAAGUGACAGAACAUUAGUAUUGAAACAACUUUUUAGCAUUUGAAACCAUGUAGACAGAGUCUCUCUCUCCACCCCCUUUUUCUCUACUUAUAUUAGAGAAAAAGAAACUGAUCAUUGAGUGUUACUCUCUGUUUCUCAGUGUGUGAGUGCAGGAGCAUGGCCGAAGCUUUUAUCCCAGUAUAUCAGGAUCAGUUCAGCUGUCCAGUGUGUCUGGAUCUCCUGAAGGAUCCUGUGACAACUCGUUGUGGUCACAGUUACUGUAAGGUGUGUAUUAAUGGCUGCUGGGAUCAGGAGGUUGAGAAGGGAGUCUACAGCUGUCCUCAGUGCAGAGACACUUUCACUCCCAGGCCUGUUCUACUCAGAAACAACAUGCUGGCUGAAGUGGUGGAGAAACUGAAGACUGAAGUCCAAGCUGCUUCUCCUGCUCACUGUUACGCUGGACCUGGAGAUGUGGAGUGUGAUUUCUGCACCGGGAGAAAAUAUAAAGCUGUCAAGUCCUGUCUAAUCUGUGUGGCUUCCUUUUGUGAAACUCACCUUAAACCUCAUUUUGAACUUCCUGAUUUGAAAAACCACACCUUAAUCGAAGCAUCCUCAAAUCUCCAAGAGAAGAUCUGCUCUCAACAUAACAAACUGAUGGAGAUCUACUGUCGUACUGACCAAACGUGCAUUUGUCCUUUGUGCAUGUUGGAGAAUCACAAAGGCCAUGACGCUGUAUCACUUUCAGCAGAGAGCACUGAGAAACAGAGUAAGCUAAAGGAGGAGCAGCUGAAAUUCCAGCAGAGAAUCCAGGAGAAGCAGAAGAAGGUGCAGGAGCUGAAACAGGCUGUGAACAUGAUUAAGUCCCAUGCUCAGACAGCAGUGGAGGACAGUAAGAGGAUCUUUACUGAGAUGAUCAGCUUCAUGGAGAAAAAGCACUCGGAGGUGACGGAGCUGAUCAGAGCUCAGGAGAAGGCUGAAGUGAGUCGAGCUGCACGACUCCUGGAGCAACUGGAGCAGGAGAUCACUGAUCUUAAGAGGAGAGUCACUGAGCUGGAGCAGCUUUCACACACACAUGAUCACAUCCACUUCCUCCAGAGUUUCCAGUCUCUCUGUGUCUAUUCCGGAUGUGAGGAUUCACCCAGCAUCACUGUCCAUCAACAGCUCUCAUUUGAUGGAGUGAGGAAUUCACUCUCAGACCUGAAAAAGCGAUUCGAGGAAUUCUGCGAGGAGGAAUUCAACAAAUUCCCUCCACAUGCUGCAGCAGUUCAGAAGAUUUCACCCUCAGAGCCAACGAGCAGAGAAGAUUUUCUGAAAUAUUUCUGUUAUCUGACUCUGGAUCCCAACACUGCAAACUGUAAACUCUGUCUAUCUGAGAAGAACAGAGUGGUGACAUGCAGUGUGAGAAAGCAGUGGUACUCUCAUCAUCCAGACAGAUUCGACUCCUAUAGGCAGGUGUUGUGUAAGGAGAGUGUGUGUGGACGCUGUUACUGGGAGGUGGAGUGGGUAGAUAGUGUGCACAUCUCAGUUUCAUAUAGAAAGAUCAGGAGGAAAGGAGAGGGUAAGGAGUGUCGAUUUGGACUCAACAGUCAGUCCUGGACUCUGUGCUGUUCUUCUUCCUCUCUCUCUUUCUAUCACAGUGACAUUAAAACUGAGCUCAGCGUUCCAUCUUCCUCCAGAAUAGGAGUGUAUGUGGAUCACAGUGCAGGAAAUCUGUCUUUCUACGGCGUCUCUGACAAGAUGAGGCUCAUCCACAGAGUCCACACCACAUUCACUCAGCCUCUAUACGCUGGGUUUGGGCUUUACUGCAAAUCAACUGUGAGGUUGUGUGACCAAAAAUAAGGGUAGAUGAAAAAUACCUGCUCAUUUCCUCAUUGUUCCUCAACUGUGGUAAAACGGUCCCAUCUUCAAUAACGUGAUGUGGGGCAUGCCCACGGCAGAAAAACAGCAUUCCACAGAAUGUGACAGCAGAAAGAGAUAUGCUGUUUCAAACACACUUCCUGAUGUUUUGAAAAGUUGUGUCAAGUAAUGUAAGCUCACCUUUCCCUCUAGCCUGGUAAUGUAGUCUCACCCUUUCCUCUAGCCUGGUAAUGUAAGCUUACUCUUUCCACUAGAAUGGUAAAGUAAACUCACCCUUCCCUCUAGACUGUUAAAUCAGUACAAGGAAGCAAUAUUCCUUUGGUUAAUAGUCACUUAUAUUACACAUAUGGUACUGACACAUGAUAAAAUUUUUAAAUGUUAAAGAAGUUGUACAUUAUAUAAAUUUGUAAUUUUCAAAAAUGUAGUGUGAUCAAGGCUAAGUGUUAUGAUGUCCAUUUAGUUUGUGAACCCCUGCUCUAAAGUGACCUAUGUGAUUAUUCAAAUGAGUUUCAUAUAAAUAUGUCUAAUUUUAUAAACAACAAUCUGAUUUUCCGCCUUCAAAUAUUAAUUCAAAUCUGUCUUGAGACCAAAGUAUUUACACAAAGACAAUUUUCACUAUCGUUCAUUUUGUUUAAAGUAAAGAAGAAUAUUUUUGUAGUUGUGAACGCUCAUAGCACACUGAUACAGUAGAUUAAUAUUUAAUAUUAGAUAUUUACUGAGAAUUAUGAUCUUAACUAGUGACUCAGCACUCUUCUGUCCUUCUGUAUCAACUUCCGAGAAAACAAGUAAUUAAAAACAAAUGAGAAACUGAAAGCUUCAAGCACAAAAAACAGGUUUUCCUGUGUUUCCUGCAUUCCUUGCCACUGACAUUUCUGGAGAUGCUUUUAUCAGUUCCUGCGAUCAUGCAAAAAAAAAAAAAAAAAAAAAAAAACCACAUUU